CUCCAGGCUCCGCCCAGUCAGGUGGGAGUGCCUGCCUGUGAUUGGCAGAAAGUUACAAAGGAGGAUGGUAUUUAUUGCAGCAUCCCAGUGGCUUGGAGAGCAGACUGUGAAGUUGGGUUAGUGUGAUUGCUGCGCUGGAAGGACUGUGCAUGCCGAAGGGAGCCUGGAAGAUCACCCUAUCUAUGGUUUAUCCUUCCUUCUCCAAGAGACUCUGCACACCCCCACCUCUGUGAGCAGCCUGUAGUGGGCCCUCCACCCUUCUGCACAUUUUAUAUAUAUAUACAUAUAUAUAUAUUUUUUUUCUCCUUGCACCCCUCUCACCAUCUGAUUCGCAUGAAUCUUUUGGAUCCUUUCAUAAAGAUGACAGAAGAGCAAGAGAAGUGCCUGUCUGGGGCCCCCAGCCCUAGCAUGUCUGAGGACUCUGCUGGCUCCCCUUGCCCCUCUGGUUCUGGAUCAGACACAGAGAACACCAGACCCCAAGAGAACACCUUCCCCAAGGGGGACCAGGACAUGAAGAAGGAGACAGAGGAUGAGAAGUUCCCGGUCUGUAUCAGAGAGGCGGUCAGCCAGGUGCUGAAGGGAUAUGACUGGACCCUGGUGCCCAUGCCAGUCAGGGUCAACGGAUCCAGCAAGAACAAACCGCAUGUCAAGAGGCCUAUGAAUGCCUUCAUGGUGUGGGCACAGGCUGCCCGGAGGAAGCUGGCAGACCAGUACCCCCAUCUGCACAAUGCGGAGCUCAGCAAGACCUUGGGCAAGCUGUGGAGGCUUCUAAAUGAAACCGAGAAGCGCCCUUUUGUGGAGGAAGCGGAACGUCUGAGAGUCCAGCACAAGAAGGAUCACCCAGACUACAAGUACCAGCCCCGCCGUAGAAAGUCUGUGAAGAAUGGGCAGUCUGAGCAGGAGGACGGCUCCGAGCAAACCCACAUCUCCCCCAACGCCAUCUUCAAGGCCCUGCAGGCCGACUCGCCCCACUCUGCCUCCAGCAUGAGCGAAGUGCACUCUCCAGGAGAACACUCAGGACAGUCUCAAGGUCCACCAACUCCGCCGACCACCCCUAAAACAGACGUGCAGCCUGGCAAGCCAGAUCUCAAGCGCGAAGGCCGCCCCCUCCAGGAGAGCGGCCGCCAGCCACCCCACAUUGAUUUCCGCGACGUGGACAUCGGAGAGCUCAGCAGCGAGGUCAUCUCCAACAUCGAGGCCUUCGACGUCAACGAGUUUGACCAGUACCUGCCGCCCAAUGGCCACCCCGGAGUGGCCUCCACGCAGGUGACCUACACGGGCAGCUACGGCAUCAGCAGCGCCACCAGCGGUCCGGCCGGAGCCGGGCACACGUGGAUGUCCAAGCAGCCCCAACCGCAACCUCAACAGCCCCAGCAGCAGCAGCAUGGUUUGCCAACUCUGACCGGCGAGCAGAGCCAGUCCCAACAGAGGACACACAUCAAAACCGAGCAGCUUAGCCCGAGUCACUACAGCGACCAGCAGCAACAGCAUUCCCCGCAGCAACUCAACUACACCUCCUUCAACCUCCAGCAUUACGGGUCCACCUACCCAACCAUCACCCGCUCUCAGUAUGACUACGCCGAACACCAAGGCUCAAACUCCUAUUACAGUCAUGCCGCGGGCCAAAGCUCAAGCCUCUACUCAACGUUCAGCUACAUGAACCCCAGUCAACGUCCCAUGUACACACCCAUUGCAGACACAACCGGGGUCCCGUCCAUCCCCCAGACCCACAGCCCCCAACACUGGGAGCAACCGGUCUACACACAGCUGACCAGGCCAUAGACUAAUGACUAUAGACUACUGAAAAAGGACAGUUCACCCGACCACCAGUCAAGUAGUGCCCUUAUCUGAGGCAUGGCACAACGCCCUCUGCUGGCAGCCAGCAAAAUAGGUGUCACUCUUCCGUCAAGGUACUUCCUCAUCUUCUGUCUCGACAGAUAAAAACAAGAGAAGAUACUUUUUUUUUUUUUUUUUUUAAAACCUUCAACUUGAUUCUCAAAGAGACUUUUUUUUAUUUUUUUUAAAAAAAACUCUACAUCCUCUGUGAGGACUAGACUCUAUCUGAUAUAUUUUUUAGUAUGUACUGUGUAUGUUUUAUUACAUUUUUAUUGGGGGUUUAUACAUUUAUAUAUUAGAGAAAAACAAAUACAUUGUAAGGAUAAAAGUGAAAAAAAAACAUUUUUUUUUUUUCUUUUUUUGAUGCUUCAACUGCUCGAGUAGUUUUAUAUCUUUUAACUUUUCAUUCAACUGAAAGUAUUUUUGUAAAAAAAAAAAAAAAGGAAAAAAAAACA